CCGCUCCGCGCUCGCCCGGGACCUCGCAGACGGGCCCGCGUCUUAAUUAAAUUAAUUAGGGCGCAGCGGGGCCGUCCGGGCGGGCGGCGCCCUGUCCGCAGAGCCCCGCGGCGGGCGGCGCGGCCGGGCGGCGGCGAAGGGCUGCGUUCAGAGCUCCGAGGGGAGGUAAUUCGCCGGGAACAAGGGGCAGGCUUUGCAAAGUAUAAAUAGUGCCACUUCAAUCGAGGCGUCGCUAUCAGACCCCGAGAGCCCCUGCACGUCGGGCGGCACGGCUCGGGGCGCCGGUACCCCGCCACCCCGCCCCGUGGAUGCGGGGAGCCGGGGCAGCGGGGCCCCCGAGCCGCGGCCAUGGAGGAGCUGACGGCGUUCGUUUCCAAGUCGUUUGAUCCCAAAACGAAGGAGAAGAAGGAGCUCAUCACCUACCGCGAGGUGCUGGAGAGCGGGCCCCUGCGAGGAGGCGGAGGACAGCGGGAGAACGGCGGAACGGCGGCAGAACCGGGGCGCGACGAGGCGGGCAGCCCCGCGGCGCGGGCGGGCGGCGGGCGGUCCCCGCCCCGGGAGCCCGACGCCGAGAGAGCCGCCGAGGCGGCCACCCCCAAGCUCAGCGACGUCUCCCCAGAGCUGAAGGACCGCAAGGAGGAUGCGAAAGCGAUGGAGGACGAAGGGCAGACAAAAAUCAAGCAGAGGAGGAGCCGGACGAAUUUCACCCUGGAGCAGCUGAACGAGCUGGAAAGGCUUUUCGACGAGACCCACUACCCGGACGCCUUCAUGCGGGAGGAGCUGAGCCAGCGGCUGGGGCUCUCCGAGGCCAGGGUGCAGGUUUGGUUCCAAAACCGAAGAGCCAAAUGCCGAAAGCAAGAAAACCAACUCCACAAAGGGGUGCUGAUCGGCGCCGCCAGCCAGUUCGAAGCCUGCCGAGUGGCCCCGUACGUGAACGUGGGAGCGCUGAGGAUGCCCUUCCAGCAGGCAAGUGCCCGGUGGGCCGCGGGGGUGGGGGUGGGGGGGGGCGGGCGGGGGGUUGCCCCGCUCGCCGGGUGGGUCGGUGCCAGCGCCGCCCUUGUCGCGCAGGUUCAGGCGCAGCUGCAGCUGGACAGCGCCGUGGCCCACGCGCACCAUCACCUCCACCCGCACCUGGCCCACGCCCCCUACAUGAUGUUCCCCGCUCCCCCCUUCGGGCUCCCGCUCGCCACGCUGGCCGAAUCCGCCUCCGCCGCCUCCGUGGUGGCCGCCGCCGCCGCCGCCAAGACCACCAGCAAGAACUCCAGCAUCGCCGACCUCCGCCUGAAGGCCAAGAAACACGCCGCCGCCCUGGGGCUGUGACCGCGCUCCUCCGCUGUUGGUUUUGGGUUUUGGUUUUUUUUUUUUAGAUAAAAAAAAAAAGGGGAAAAUAAAAAAAAAAAAGACGAGGGAGAGGAGAAACUGUCGGGAGAUAUAUACUUAUUUAAAGAAUUAGAGGAACUAGACGCGCAGCUGGGAAGUUCACAGGUUUUGAAACUGACCUUUUUCUGCGAAGUUCACUUUAAUACAAGAAAUUUGAUAAGAGAGGCGGGCCUCCUUUCACGUUGCAUCAGAUACUUGAGUUUAACAACCACGUCUGGAAUAGCGACAAAAAGAAGAGAGAGAGACGACGAUG